UCGUGGGUAGCGGGUAGAGCGGCAGUGGCUCCGGCAGCAGCAACACGUAGUACACGGUAGCACCGCGACGAGGACGUACCACGGGUUCUCGUAAGCACGUCGCUUGCUAGUCGGUAGACUCGCUUCGAAGCCAGUCUCUCGCUCUUCGGUCCAGUGGCGCAGUCGCGUUACGCGUAUACAUUUUUUCGUACCUCCGACAACCACUACCAGCAUCGUCACCGCUACACCACUACUACCACUAUCAGCAGCGUCGCUGUACCACCGCUACCACCACCUGCACCGUCGAGCGUGUCAACAACACGUAAACGUCAGCAGGACUACCGAGCCAUCGGGUUGUUCCUGAGAAAAUAAGUCGCGGAAGCUAAUUUAACACUUGCAUCCUCGAGACGGCACGAGAAUGAAGCUGUGGUGGAGUUUGGCGCUGGUCGGUGUCGCCAUGUUGAUGUUCAUCGUCACCGCCAGGGCGGAAUCCGAUCUCUGGGAGGAGGACGACCAGGAGGUUCUCGUGCGAACCGUUCGCGGCACCAAAGAACGAGCAUCCGGCAGCACUUCGUCGUGCAGAUACGCGAAGGGUCAAUGGUCGGAAUGCGACUCGAAAACCAACACACGGUCCCGCACGCUGAACCUUAAGAAGGGCGACAAGUCCUGUGAACAAACCAAAACUAUUCAGAAGAAGUGCAAAAAAGCUUGCCGGUACGAAAAGGGCACGUGGACCGGAUGCGUGAAUCAGCUGAUGACGAGAGUGGACAAUUUGAAGGCGAACAGUGAUGCCUCCUGUGAGAAGACGCGUCGAUUGGACAAGAGGUGUAAACCAGAGACCAACACCAAGAAAUCCACCAAAGGGGAACGAGCGAACAAGAAAUCGGGUAAGCAGUAAGCGGAGAGAAUCAUCGAUCGAUCACUCGAAGAGGUGCGCGGCGAUCUGUUUCGACAACAGGCAACGAAAACACAAUCUUGUCUUUUCCAUGUGAAACUCUAAUUUUCAAAUGAAUACUAUCUAGCGUGAGCGUAUCAAACGAAAAACGAACGAUGAAGGAAAUGCAUUUUAAAAUACUGACAGUGAUUGCAAAUAAAAAAAAAAAUAUUAAAGUCGAAUAUUAUUUAAGAGGGUAACAAAGAACGUGUACGAUACACGGGCGCAACGAUCGUGAAUCUGACUUCGAAACGUUUUCGAACGUUACUGUCGGUACGUAUUCGAUGGUCGGUAAUGAUUAUCGAUCGUAUAUGUCGGCUGUUUUCAGAAUUACUUCCAUUACAUGUGGCCAAAUGUCAUUAGUCGCGAUGCGGACGUAAUAAGCGCAUAGCUGG